CUUUUUCAUAUUUUUUUUAAAUCUUUUUUUCUUCUUUAUCUGUUAAUUACUUACUUUUAUUAACCUGUCCGUUCGUUUUAAAAUAGUCCAAGUGACUAAUCUUAUAUAAUAUGUCCUAUCAUUCAAGACAGCCUUCAAUUGCUUCGUCUUUGAUGUCGAGCUCAAAUCAUAAUCAUCCUCAAAAAAUUGGACCUUGGAAAUUAGGUAAAACUUUGGGAAGAGGUGCCACCGGUCGAGUUCUUCUAGGUGUUCAUUCAACAACUGGCCAAAAAGCUGCAGUUAAAGUUGUUUCAAAAUCAGAAUUGAAUGAAGAUUAUGAUACUAAUUCCAAUGGUGGAUUACCUUACGGAAUUGAACGUGAAAUCAUUAUUAUGAAAUUAUUAACUCAUCCAAAUGUUUUAAGAUUAUAUGAUGUUUGGGAAACUUCAAAAGCUUUAUACCUAGUUUUAGAAUACGUUGAAGGUGGUGAAUUAUUUGAUUUAUUAGUAGAAAGAGGGCCUUUACAAGAAAUUGAAGCAAUAAAAUAUUUUAGACAAAUUAUACUAGGUACGGCUUAUUGUCAUGCUUUAGGUAUUUGUCAUCGUGAUUUAAAACCAGAAAAUUUAUUAUUAGAUUCAAAUCUAAAUGUUAAAUUAGCAGAUUUUGGUAUGGCUGCUUUAGAAAGUAAUGGGAAAUUAUUAGAAACAAGUUGUGGUUCUCCUCAUUAUGCUGCUCCUGAAAUUGUAAGUGGUUUAAAAUAUCAUGGUGCUGCUUCGGAUAUUUGGUCUUGUGGUGUUAUAUUGUUUGCUUUAUUAACUGGUAGAUUACCUUUUGAUGAUGAAAAUAUCCGUAACUUAUUAUUAAAAGUUCAAGCUGGUAAUUUUGAAAUGCCCGAUGAAAUUAGUACUGAUGCUCAAGAUUUAAUUUCAAAAAUGUUAACGGUUGAUCCUUUAGAUAGAAUUCAAACUGGUAAAAUUUUGAAACAUCCUUUACUUAAUAAAUAUCCAAUUCCAAAUGAAGAUUUAAUUAGUGUCAAAAGUUUACCUCACCCUGAAACCGCUUAUAAAUCUUUAGGUUCAAUUAAAAAUAUUGAUAAGCAAAUUCUUCAAAAUUUAUCUAUUUUAUGGCAUGAUAGAUCUCAACAAGAUAUAAUAGAUUGUUUAUUGAAAAAUGGUUCAAAUCCUGAAAAAACUUUCUAUGCUUUAUUAUUAAGAUAUAGACACAAUCAAGAAAAUUUAUUGAAUGCUAAUAAUAAUAAUCCAAUGUCUCCUAAAAAAUCAAAACAAUCUGCCAUGGUUCGUUCUACUUCUUCAAGUUCAGUUCGUGUUCCAAAUACUCCUAAAAAGAAACGUAUGAGUCAAAUAAGUGCCUCUUCUUCUCGUAAUAGGCCGGUUCUGUUCCAAUAUAAAAAUGGUGUUAGAACGUCAAUGAUAAAUAAUAAUCAAGGUAGAUUAUCGGCUUCUUCUAGUGUUAAUAAUUCUCCUUUUAAAUCUCCUCAUCGUUCUCCAGCAAGAUAUUCCUAUGGUCAAUCUCCAACUAAAAGAUCUCCUUAUCGUAAUUCUCCAUAUCGUAAUUCUCCAUUCCGUAACUCUCCAUAUCGGGAUUCUCCAUAUCGUAACUCUCCUUUCAAAUCUCCAACUAAAUCUCCUCAUGGUCGCCAAUUAGAAGAUGUUCACGAAAAUCAACCUCCUGCUAUUCCAAGAAAUAUUUAUAAUGAAAUAAUGAGUGCUCAAAGAAAUGGUUCUUUAGGCUCAAUGCCACCUACUUUACCUUCCAAAGAUACCAUUUAUAAUCAAGUUGCUGCUUCUGAUGAUAAAAAUCCAAUUGUUGAUGAAAUUAGUGCUGCUAAUAAUGCUGAUUUCAAUGCUUUGGCUUCUGCUCCAAGUUUAUCUCCUUCAAAAAAUAACAAAUCUCCAAUUAAAUCUUCUCCAGUUAGAUCCCCAACCAGAAAUGGUAAACGUAAUUCUAUGAUUGGUCUUAAUCGUAGUGCUUCAAAAUUAUCUAAACGUAAAUCGGUUCGUCAAUCUAUGACUACUGGUUUAAAACGUAAUUCAAUCACUGUCAAAUUAUUAUCAACUUAUGCUAAAUUAUCUGGUGAAACUGAUUGGGAAUAUAUGGAUAAACAAACUAGAAGAACUUCUGCCACUUUUGCUACGUUAUGUGAUAAAAUUUUCAACCAAGAAGACUACGAUGAAGACGAAGAAAAAUUAGUGGACGAAGAAGAAAAACAAGCUAAAGAAUAUGAAAAAUUAAUGGAAGCAGAAAGAAGAAAACAUGAAGCAGAAUUAAGAGCUAGAAAAGAAUUAGCUAAGCAAAAAAAGAGACAAAAAAGAAGAUCAUUAAUGUCUUCUAAAAAAUUAGCCAUUGUCAUUAAAGAUGAUGAUAAUUCUAAUAGUGAAGUUGAAAUUCCAAUUACUGAGGACAAGAUCUCUCAACCAAAAAGACAGUCUAAAAUCUCUAAUGCUAAUAAAUCAAGGGCUAUAUCCGAUGGUGGUAUUGUUGUUGAUCACCUUAAUGAUGAGUUAACUCCAGAUGAUAUCGAAAAUAUUAAAAGAAGAUCAGUUACUCAGCCUGAAGUUAGACAAAGAUCAAAUCCAGUAUUAACCAGAAGACCAGUUUCCAGAUUAGAUCCUUUAUGGAUUGCUCAUGAAAAUGAAGAAUUAAGUAAAGCUAAAGAAGCCUUGGAAGCUGAAUAUAGAAGCUCCAAAUCAAAAUCUAAAAAGGCUAAGGCAAAAGCAAAGAAAAAGGUUAAUAGAGAAUCGGUCAUUUCUGUUAUUGAUGAUGAUUUCGACUAUGGUAAAAGACGCUAUUCCAGAAAUAGUGACUUUGAUAGGGAUUAUGAAUAUGAAUUACCAAGUCCUGAAAUGGAAAAUUCUGAUUUAAGUGAAGAAUAUAUGUCAGAAAUUCGUAAGUCAAGAUUGCUUAACUCCCAACAAAAUAUUCAUGCUAUUUCUAAAGGAGAUAAACAAGCAAAGAAAAGAGCUUCACUUCAAAGAGCUAAUAAUGAACUUGCUGUUGCUAAACAACGUGAAAGAGAAGGGAUGAGAAUUAAGAGCCGUGAAAGAGAAAUCAAGUUGAAACGUGAAUUACGUGAAAAGGAAGACGAAAGAAUAAAAGAAGAACAACGUAAAACUCUUAUUAGUGAUGUGAAAAUCCCUACAGUUACAAGAAAAUCAAGACAUUUCACUAAUUCAAAUAAGAGAUUAUCUGUUUUAACAAUGCGCUCUACUAAAGAAUCUUAUCGUGAUUUGAAUAGCUUGUUAGAUGCUUCUGAUGAUGAAUAUGAAAAUGACGGUAAAGGAAUGCCGAAUUUGAGAACCAGUUUUGCUGAUAGAUUGAAUAGGGCUGGUUUGGCUGAAGAAGAAGAUGAGGAGCCAUUAGAUGAAGGCUCAAUUAUGGAUUUCGAUGAGCAUCUUGCCAAUAAGCGUUCUUCUUAUUAUGGUUCUAAUAGUAGAAGAUAUUCUAAAUAUAACAGUGGUGUUAAUAAGAGAAUGUCUAAAAGACCAGCAUCUGAAUUACCUGAAUUGCCUGAUCAUGACGAAAGUCAAGUCGAAGAUACUGAUGAUACUUUUGCUACAAAAGACACUAGAAGAAAAAGUAAAUAUAGCUUACUUGAUGGGGAUAGAACCGAUGAUACUGAUGUCUUCGAACAUAUUAAAUUACCUGAAGAUAAAAAGAAAAAAUCUUCGACUAAUUCUAAAUCUCAAGGUAGGAAGUCUAAUACUAAAUCAAUGCAUCCAGGUACUUCGAUGUUACUUCCAGAUCUUGAUAAACUUCCUCCUGAUGUCGGGAAGCCUCGUCAAUCCAGCAAGUCUAAAUCUCAACACUCCAAAUAUUAUAAAAAUCAAAAUUCUGAUACUGAUAAUACUUUCAGUGAAACUAUUCCACCAACACCACCAGUUCAUCAAGGUUCUAGAAAGCCUUUGGAAGAUUCCACCAAUAGGCUUACCAAUAAUCAACCUGAUUUACCAGCUCCUCAAAAAAGAAAUAGAUCUAUUUUCCGUAAACUUUCCUGGGGUUCAAAGAAGACCCUUGAAGAACCUAAUACCAAAGCUAAUCCAAAUAGUGAAUUAGCUGUUAAAGAAGGAAACAACAGUCAAUUGCCAUCCCCAGCUGAUUCCAGGGCUGGUUCUGUGGAAGAAAAGAAGAGUGGUGGUUUCUUCAGGUGGUUAUCUGGUUCUAACCAAGAAGUCAUUACUCCUUCAGAAAUCAAAAGAUACCAUACCAUUUUACCUAAACAAGAGAUGUCUACUGCUUUAUUUGCAUUAUUAAAUUCGUGGACUAAUUUUGGUUUAAAGAAUUUGAAAAAUGAUACUAUUGCUUAUUAUAUCACUGGGUCAAUUUCUAAAGAUAAUGCAUUUGAUUUGAAGAGUUGUAAAUUUAGAAUCAAGAUAAAUCCUAGAGAAUUCAAUCAAAAGUCUGAAAUUGUUUGUGCUAGAGUCAAGGGUUCUAAAACUACUACUGAAACUUUAUUCAAAGAAAUUGAAAAAGUUUUACGUAAAGAAGGUGUAAUGGAUAGAUAA